UUGAUUUGCUUACACGUUAGCCUAAAAAUGCAAUCGACUUGUAUUAUCUGCGUCAUCUUGAUCCUCGGCUCCGUGCUUAUUAGUGGACAAACUCCUGACUGCCGUAAGCUAAAGGACACUUGCAAUCCCUGCAUCCGAAGACUCAAUAAUCCCAUCAAUAAUGUGGAGUUCAUGAACGACGGAUGCCGCGAGAAAGUCCGUGGUAGAUACAUCUGGAAGAAUCAGACUCGCUGCGAUCUUCAAGUCAUCGCUUGCGGAGCUCACAAGAGGAAACUGGAUUGCCUGGUGAUAGCAGAGCUCGCUGGGAUGCCAAGGCGAACUUAGAGGAAUGCCCACCAGCACUGUGAUUACCACAGAGGAGCACAGCUAAAAUAUUAAAAGCGAUUUUGUCCAAAUAAAUGCAUAUC